UGGUUUGGUUGAAUUGAAUCACAAUGAGGUUGUGUUCAGGUUGUGUUGUUUUUAAUUUUUGUCUCAAAUGGCAGUACAGUAUACACUUUCAUUUUCUUUUCUGUUAUUUGUAUUUAAUCUAAUAUUAUCUAUGUUUACACACUCUAACCUGCCUUUUCCCUGUCUCUUGUUCAUGAUUUUUUUUUAUUUGUUAGUCUCUCUGAACAUGUUUGCUGGUUUUUUUGGCUAGCAUGGGGGAUAUUCUAAACUUAGUGCCCAUGCCCCAUACUCAAAUUACAGGCUUUCCCUCUCUAUUCAUGGACCGUGACAGACAUCCACACUGUAACAAAUGAUUUCUGAUUUUCUUUUUGAUCUUUUAAAACAAUUUGUUUAAUAAAACAUAAUCAUGAUUUUCAAAUGGCAAAUAAAUACUUCUGAUUGUUUAUUAUUAGACUAUGCCCAUAAAACACAGUGUUAGAUGCUGUUAAAGACAUUUUAAUGAUUAUUAUUAUAUAGUCAUAUGAUUACAACUUGCUAGUCUCAUAAGACACAUUUAAUUUGGAGUCAUUCAUUCUCUAAUUUCACAUAAAUACAACAGAAUUGAGAGGAUUGUUCAUCUGAGCAAAAGGCUGCAGAAAGUCCAAGUAAAGGCGACCAUAGGCAACUAAGUCAAAGAACUAAAGCAAAAACACUAAAAAAUACAAAUUAAAAAAGGAUAGUAUAAGAAUAAUCUUUAUAGAAUUACUUUGUGGUUUUACACAGAUGCACUGUGCAAUGGGUCUUUCAACACUGCUAACACUGUUGUGUACUUAAAGCCACAAGGUGAUGCUGGAGAGCUGGCUUGUUCCUCUCAUUCCUUCCUGCUGUAAGUUUACAAAGGAAAUUGGGUGAAAAUGAUGUGGGUCUGUUGGCAUCAGGAUUGCUGAGCCCAUAGCACAGUCAGACAUCCUGACGUGGAAAAUGUGGAGCAGUCAGCUAGUCACCCAGACUGUAAAAAUUCUGACAAUUAGAAGGGAGAAAAACAAUUAGAAAUUUUGUUAAACAUGCAGAGAUUCUGUAUAUGCAAUGUCUUAUGAAGACAUUGUCUGUUUGGCAGUGCUUUUGUUGUUUGUCAGGCAUCCAGGGUCUGAAUACUUACUUUAGAGAAGCCCCCCCAGCAUAAAAAGCCACUGACCAACCCACACCAGCAUACCAACAGCAACACGCUCUUUGUAUAUUACAUUUGCAGACCAUCCAGAGAGGCAGAGAGAGGCGGAGAGAGAGAGAGAGAGAGAGAAAUUAGAUAGAUGCGUAGAACAAGUUGGAUUGUAUACUAAAGGCUCAAGAUGGAUGUCGAGAACCUAAGAUUGAGGGCAACAAGAAAAGAGUAAAUAGAUCAGAAGUCUUUUUAAUUAGAUAUUCACUGGCUAAUACACAGCACAUUUUAAGUGGAUCUUUCCUUCUCUGGGAGCUAUUUAUCUACGGAGUAAGCGAGUUUGUUGUCCACAUCAUGGCAUGCUGCUGCUGUCCAGCUCCAUGUCUGAGAAACUGCUUCUUGCUUUCAGAUAUUUCAACUCCUGAGAUCAAUACGUUAUGGGAAGAGCCCUAUUAUGCCAAUGAGCUUUUCCCAGGAAAUGAUUUCAUGGCCUCUGGAGACGAGGAAGUGGAAACCGAGGCUGAGGUGGAGGGUGAGGGGAUCACUGGUGAGAGUUACUGGAAGAGGAAGGAAGCUCUCAGCACGGUCUCCUUGGCUGUAGGAGAUCACUUCUCUUCAGAUGUGAUACUGCUAUUCAGUGGGAGAAGGCGUUCCAAUUUGGAGCCAGACAGUAGGCUGCAGGAGGCACUGCGUACUAGGCUGAGGGUUGUAGAAAGCAACAGCCAAGAUGUUAUUCAGCUUUUUAAAGAUCUAUCUGCACGCUUGGUUUCGGUGCAUGCCGAAAAAGAUCAUUUUAUUAUCACCUUUAAGACAGUGGAGGAAAUCUGGAAGUUCUCUACAUACCUGGCUCUAGGAUAUGUUGCAAGGAGUUUGGAGAACUUCCUGUGUGACCCGUCUGUCUGGCUGGACCCUGUUUUGCUCAGUGAUGUGGAAAUUUGUGUGACAAUAAAUGAGGAACACCUAGCAACUCUUUAUCUGGGGCUACUACUACAAGAAGGUUCAUUCUUUGCAAAAGCUCGGGUUAACAGUGAGCAAUGUAUAGAAGAAGAAGAUGAAUUAGUCUACAAGAAGAAUGACCUUGUUAUGAUGAAGGAUAUUGGACAACAGUCCAUGUGGGAGGGAACACUGCUGUCUACUGGUCAGCAUGGCCUAGUGCCUGUUCAUGCAAUGCAGCCUCUGCCAUACCCUUUUUACCAGUGGUUUCUUAGGAAGUACCAUGGCAAUGCAGCCGGCUUUUCAUUCACAAAAGGACAAACACAAAACCGACCUAUAGUAACAGGAAUUUGCAUAGCAGUAGUGGACUAUUACCCAAUGGUUAAAGAUGAACUGCACCUCAGUCAAGGAGAUCUGUUGGAGGUUGAAGGCUUCCUUAUUAGCUCACUGAAUACGUUCAUUGGGAGACACCUCUCUAGUGGACAGAUAGGAUUUGUCCACAUGGCCCACGUGAGACCUGAAGAUGUCAAGCCACUCAGUGAACAAUUGGUCUUUCUGAGUGAGGAGGAAAGAGUGGCUCUCUCACAGUUUAACCCCUGGACUGAGCAGUGCCAGACUGGUCUAUUGGACAAACUCUCCUCUACUGACAUCAGCACUGUAUACAGAUUAGACAGACUGGAUGACUCAGAUUUUACCUUUAUCCGAAACCAACCAAAGCAAGAACAGAAAACCCCUGUAGAUACCAGAAAGAGCAUUAUAUUGGAACAUAGUGAUACCCCACCUUAUCACUCCUCCCCGCGACCUUCCUUCUAUGCUUCUCAGAGUUGUCUAGACAGGGACAAUGAAGCCUUCUCCAUCAGCCUGGAGGACACUUUCAGAGAAAUGGAUGACUAUGAGGAAGAUCCACCCUUUAUGGAUGAAGGCAUCUGGGAAACUGAAGAAGCUGAGAUUGUUGACCCCAUCCUAAUCCUUCUCAACCUGGACCACUUCCAGGACACAUUUCAUGCAUUUUAUGACCUAUCCUACACCUUCUUGGACACAGUCUUUGGUGGAAUUCAAGUGGAUGAGGUGCUCCUGCAUCUGGAGAGCUUACGGGAAGGAGCAAAGAAAGGCAGAAUGAUGUGGGCCCAUCGGCGAGCCUGCUUCCUUCUAGGCAGAUUGUGUGCUAAAAAGCUCAAGUACUCUCAAGCACGAGUCUACUUUGAGGAGGCAUUGAAUGUCCCUGUAGAGGGCUUUAAUGACAAACCUCUGUUGAUUGCUCUGUACACCAACCUUACAGCUGUGUAUUUGAAGCAGAAGAUGACAGAGAAACUGCCUUACACAUUAGAGAAAGCAAGUGCUCUUAUACUGUGCCUCCCACUGCAUAACUUUUGCUCUCUUGAUGAGUUUGAACUGCUCAAGCCCAUUCUAUGUAAAGCUAUUGUUAAUAAUGAUAACUACCUUGAAGCACGGACUUGCUAUAUAAUCCUCUGUCUAUUUUUGCAGAACAGAAAGAUUGAGGAGGCCUUGCCUUUUGUGGAAAGACUUCAGUUUCUCAAUCUCACUCUCUCAGCAGAAGAACAAAGGCCUAUAGGGCCAGUUGACCUUAACUGGAUACUAUGCAGGCUCUACCACAAGAAGUAUCUGCCAUACCUUGCAUUAGCGUCGCUCAGCCUAGAUUCAAGUCAGAAUCAUUCUUUGGAAAAUGCUUUUCUAAAGAUUGAACUUUUCUUGAAGAACUCAGUCAGACUAAAUCCUCGUUGGAAGGAUGGCUCUGCUCUGCUCCCAGUCCAGGUAGUAGUCUACCUUCAGCAGGCAUUGUCUAUAGCCAGUUGUGGAGAACAACUGAAGACCCAGAGAGAUCUUUGUCUGAGUUUGGCCAGUGUCUACCAGCAGUAUGGAAGUUUGGAUAGGGCAGUUUGCUGUGCCCAACAAGCAGUGCAGGCAGGGAGUCGUAUUAAUGAGGAGGAGGUCUUUGAGGCAUCAGUGCUGCUAGCCUGGCUCUUAGUGCUCACAGAGGAACCAGAUAGAGCCCAGUCUAUUUUGGAACCUCUCCUUAACUCACUGUAUAAAACUAAUAGUCCAACACAGUGUGGCGUGGUCCACAAUCUACUUGCUCUAUGUCUUCAUAAACAGGGGAAGGUCACAGAAGCAGCAAGGGACUUUUUUUGUGCUCUCAAUAUUUCACAGGAAAAUGGGAACAAGCAUAACGAAGCUCUAGCCCUGGCGAACCUGGGGUGCCUUGCGUUAUCAGUGGGGGCUCCAGGUCUGGCUGAAUGUUUCUUGCUCAAGUCUCUGCACCUUUUUCAUUUUCUUUCUGAGUGCCCCUCAGAUGAAGAGCAUGUUCAGACAUUGCUGUGGCUUGGUAGAAGCUACAAAGAUGGAGGAGAAAGUCAAAAGGUUAGGCUAUGCUAUGAGAUGGGUCUUCUGAUUGCCAUCAGUGCCAAGAACCUGCACAGUCAGAUGGUUGUAGCAAAGGUGCUCAGUCGCCUAUAUGCUGAUUUAAUGUUGUAUGGGCAAUGCAUAAUUUACUAUGAGCACUGUGUGGGGCUCUCCAGAGAACUGAAGGAUAAACAUCUGGAGGGAGAGUACCUGGAGGUUCUGAGUAAUCUCUACCUAUCACUGAACACUGAGAAGUCUUCACGGAAGUCUCUGGACUACACCAAGCAAAGUCUAAGGAUUUCCAUUGACUUAGGAAAGAAACAGGAGGAGUCAGAGACAUGGCUACAGGUGGGCCGCAUCUACUACUUGAUCUAUGAGGAUGAACUGGCAGACAUGUACCUUCAGGCAGCUGUAAAGACAGCCCUAAGGAUAAAUGAUCCAUGCUUUGCUAUGAACAUUUAUGAAGAGGCUGGAGAUGUCUUUUUCAAAGGAAAUAGAAACCAACUGGCUGCUAUUUCAUUUUUCAGAGACGGGGCUCUGCCAUUUUCAAGAUGUCUAAAGGAUGUGCAUUCAGAGUUCAGGCUUUUGUGUAAGCUCUCUGAAUUACUGCUGAAAGAAGGUCAGCACCAGGAGGCCCUGAAGUAUGCUACACUUGCAGUGGCAGUCAGCACUUCAACUGGUGUAUGCCUUAAUGAGAGGGUGUCCUACCAUCGCCUGGCUUCAAUCUACUUCACUCUGGAGCAGUAUGAGAUGGCAGAGAAUUACUAUUUGAAGGCUCUGUCCCUCUCUCCCACUGUACUGGAGCAUGCAGAAGAGGCCAGAUACUAUGUUAAAGUUUACUGCAGACUAGCUGAUCUGACCCUGCAUAAGAUAAAGGAUGCUUUUGAUGCCAUGGGAUAUUACCACUUAGCCCUAGCAGCAGCUCUGGAAGAUGGAGGGAGUCUUCAGGCUAGGUACAUAAUUUACAUGAAGUUGGCAGAGAUCCACGCUAAUCACUUACCUGAUGCAGAGCUGAGCCAGAGAUAUAUGGACAGCGCACAGAGCCUAAAGAGGGAGUUGGCAGGGCACACAGACUCUAGUGACACAGAUGAUGAAUAUAUUACCCAUGCUGCUACAGAGAAUGAUGAUGCCAGGUUGAUUACUCAUUUCAGUGAUGGAUCAAGGAGCUCAGACUUCAGCAGUAGGAGUAGUGCUGUUGUAAGCUCAGACAUGAUGGACACUAUCUGUGCAAUAACUACUCAGAAGGAAACCGGGACAGAGGACAUCUGUGGAGAGGAUGUGGAGACCUGCAACCAAAGGGCUGACUGUGGGCAUAGACAGUAUACAACCUCUGAAACAAGGCACACUAUUGAAAUACUCCAUACCAGCCACACAGAUUCUAGCUUGAUAUGUACAGAAUUUUGAACGUCCCAUCCCCACAGCACUUUGUUAUAAAAAUUAAAUGUAUAAAUACCUUAAUUAAUGUCAUUUGUUUAUGUAGUUAUUCUUCCUCCUAGUUCAGGGGAACUGUUUACUUUUAAAAUACUCUGAUUUUUUUUCAGAGCAAGACAACUUGUUUAUGUAAAUAUUCCUGUGAAGUUUUAUAUUAUAUUAUAAUUAUUACACUGAAAUGUAGAUCUUUUUUUAUAUACUUUUGAAGAACUUAUUUGAACAUGACUUAUUAAAGUCUAGUCAAUCCCUAA